AUGGAGAACCUUGAUCUCAGCAAUAACAAAAACGUGUCUCUGAGUUUGAUAGCAGAGUACGGAGCUUCAGAUUCUGAUUCGGACGAUACAGAGACCCGUUCGAACGAUAAUAAUACAGAUUCUGAUGCUACGGAUCUCACUGAGAUGGUGUUAAAAAAUAACAUUAUAAAUGCUUGUGCACACGGGCCGUUGUCGAGACAGAGUACUCGUGACGAUGCGGAUGUAAGCAGACACAUGAUAAUCGACAGUGUGGAGAGUGGCGUGGUGGAGUACGAGGUAACGGAGUACCGGGAUGUGGACACUGACUCUGAUAACGAGUCCUCGAGUGACUCCAGCGACAGUGAUGUAGACUCCGUGAAGGAUAUCGAAGAGGUUUCCAGUGGAGAUGAAGCAGAUAACAACCCCAGAACAGGAAAGCCAGAGGCUCCGAAGGUGAACGGUGAAAUGGGCCUGGAUGACUUGCCACCAAUAGAAGAUCUUGCCAUCAGUCUACCAGCCCAGGACACCACUAAGAUCGGAACCAUUGUCAGCAUAGUUGAUAGAUUAGUGAUAGUGCGUGCACUCCCCGAGACACCAGCCGUGGACCUCGACAGCGUGCUCUUCCUGGAAAAGGGCGCCAAAGCAUUGGGGCGGGUCUUCGAUGUUUUUGGACCCGUAACAGAGCCCCACUACUGCGUGCGGUUCAACUCAGUGGAGCACGUGCGGGAGCGCGGCGCGCAGCCCGGCGCCGACGUCUACAUCGCGCCGCAGAGCCAACACACCAACUACGUCUUCCUCACUGAGCUCAUGAAAAUAAAAGGCUCCGACGCAUCGUGGCUGCACGACGUGGAGCCUCCCCCUCAUCAGGUCGAAUACUCCGAUGACGAGGAGGAGCGCCGAGCUAACAGAGCCAGGAAGGAGCAACGCAGGGAGAGGACAGACGAAUCAGAGGACGGAGAGACCUCCAAGAACACGAGGAAAUUCGCCGAAAGACGCAACCAAAGACCUUCAGAGUCCAGCAGCCGCUUUGGCAGCGGACCUAGCCGGGGCAGGAACCCAUUCGCAGCUGGAUCUAGGAGAAAUAAUAAUCCCAACGCUUUCCCGCGCAAGCUAUGGCCCGGCAGCCUGGGCCUCAGGACGCCGCAGCCACACCCUCCCGGUGACCCCCGCGCACACGGUCCCUUCACCGCCCCUCCCUUCGCAGGCCCGCCAAUGUUCCUGCCUCCCCCCUUCAACCCCACGACCCCCCCGCCCCCGUUCAUGGGCAACAUGUUCCAAUUCGGCGCGGGUCGCAUGCCAGGCAGUCCCCUGCCUAUCCCAGUGAGCAUGGUCGCUCCGUUCCGCCACAACCUGCCCGUGUUUGGCUCCAACUACUGCACUGUGUCGGGGCCGCAGCCCCAGUGGGUGAACAAUGGCCCCCCUCCCCCACCCGGAACCUAA